GAUUUCUAAUGUCAGCUCUUUUAUUCAAACGCAGUUGAAAAAAACUUCCCCGCUAGAAACACGAAACGUCGCGAAGUCAACUAAGGCUGAGUUAUUGUAAUACACGGCUGAGUUAUGGAUUAAAUUCCCGCUCAAAAUAAGAAAUAAGAAACGCCGCGAUACGAAACUACAACCGUUAACUGCAGAUAAAUAAGGUACUUCUCAAACAAUUACACAUCUUCAACUCUCUAUCUUUUACACAACUGUCCUCUCAGAGAAAAUGGAAUAUUUCCCUCUGCUUGAAUUGCCUGAAGAUCUUCAGGCAAUGGUGGUUGAACGUGUGGCCCGUAACUCCUUCCAAGAUCUCUACCGCCUCAGAGCAUCGUCCAGGUCGAUGAAGGCGUUAGCAGAGAUGCGUAGGGUAUACCAUUAUUUCGAUGUGUUAUCCUUUCCCUGGGGUCUCAUUAUGCCAUCUCAGUUGUUGAAAACUUGCUACGCUGAGAACAAUCCAAGCACAAUUUAUGUAAAGGGUGUACAGUUUUUCUACUCAUACGAUGAGCAAGAUUAUGGCCUUUCUCUCCUCAAGCGUGCAGCAGAUGCAGGAUAUGAGCGUGCAGUGUAUACACACGCUAUGACUCAAGCAAUCUUUUACGGUGAUGCGCAGUAUUUUCGGAGAAUUCCAAGAGCAACUGUUGACAGGGUCGGGAAACUUGUUCGAGAUGCGAAAUGGGGAUGGGGUUUGUGGCAUACUGACGAGUUCCGUCAAAUUAAGGCCAUGUUCACUUCUACUUAUGUUCCGUCCUUCUACCUUUGCCAAUGUGCAAAUGUUGUGGACCGACAAUGUCUCUGCCUAUGGCACAUUGAUGUGACUAAGGACGACAACAUGUGUGAGCGCUGUUUCUGGAUCAAAGAGAUUUCCUUGUUCUUUCGUGAUUUUGAACCGAUAAGCCUGUUUAGGGACACAA